AAAUAUUCACGCUCUUAAUUUCAUUGAUACAUUUCACAUAUAACAUCAUGUCGUUCUAUGGUCUUAUAGUAUCGCAAUUUCUUAUUUUAAAUUUUCUUUUGGCAAAAACAACUUAUGUAUCAAAUCGUAUUACAACCACUGUUAUUUUUAUUGAACAGCCAGAAUUGAUAAAAAGCCAUGGGUAUCAGGUGGAAAUUCAUAAUGUCGUGACAGAAGAUGGUUAUAUUCUGGAAAUUCAUAGACUUCCAUACGGACGUACCAAUGAUCAAAGGAAUUUUAACAACGGGAAACAGCCAGUUUUAAUUCAGCAUGGAUUAGUGGGCAGUUCUGCGGAUUGGAUCCUUAUGGGACCAGGAAGAUCAUUACCAUACAUGUUAGUAGAUGCGGGAUACGAUGUAUGGCUUGGAAAUAACAGAGGAAACGUUUAUUCAAAAAGUCAUAUUUCGUUGUUGCCAACCGACCGACAUUUUUGGAAUUUUAGUUACCACGAACUCGGUAUGUACGAUGUUCCGGCAACGAUCGAUUACAUAAUCAAUCAAACGAAUUGUGAACAAAUUUUUUAUAUCGGUCAUUCCCAAGGAACUACCCAAUUUUGGGUGACAAUGUCCCAAAAACCAGAUUACAACGCAAAAAUUAAGCUAAUGAUUAGCCUUGCGCCUGUAGCCUUUACCGGCAAUUUACGCGGACCGAUUAUAAUACUUGUUAAAUUAUUAUACUUGACCGUGCAAAUAAGUGAAGAUUUGGGUUAUUCUGAAAUAUAUUCAAAAUCUAUAUUUGAAGAUAAUUAUCAAGAUAUAUCGAUCAAAUUCUUUAUCCAGAACAUGAUAUUCUCGUUCGCUGGUUUUAAUCGGACAAGCGUAAAUGCGACAGAUUUAGCAUCGAUUAUGAAUGACAUUCCGGCAGGUGCUUCCUGGAAAGAAUUAGUUCAUUUUAGUCAAGGAUACAUAUAUCCAGGCAAUUUUCGACAAUUUGAUUAUGGUAACGACGAAAAAAAUUAUCGAAUGUACAAUUCUGUACAACCACCAGAAUAUAAAUUGGACAAAAUAAUUGCACCAAUUGCUUUUUUCAGCAGUGUCGAUGAUAUAAUUGCAACGAAACCGGAUGUUAGUCUUUUGAAAACUAAACUUCAUAAUCUCGUAUUUCAUAAAGAAAUAUCUAUUAAAUCGUUCUCUCAUUAUGAUUUUUUGUGGGCACCGUCUGCGAUGUCAGUCGUAUUUAAACCUACAUUAGAUUUAUUGGUUCUUUAUGACUAAACUACUUGAUGAAGA